AAACACACAACAUACCAAAAGCUCUCUCUUAUCUUUGUUUUCUUCGUCUUCGUCUUCUUCGUCUUCUUCAUCUCAAACACACAAAAUAACAUAAAUUGAGAAAGAGGGGAAAACACAACAAAAAGAAGUAGAGUAUCUGAGAGGAGUGGCAAAAUUUCGAUAAGCUGUCUUAAUGUUCUUAUCAAAAUAUUAAAUAUCCAGUUCUUUCUUUGUAUGAUCCAUCCAUAUAAUCUCAAAACAAUAAAAUCUCUCUUUUUGGCGCCUAUACGUACGACUCUAGCUAGCCUCUAUUAUUACUUUCUAAUUAAGAAUCAAGAAUGGUACGGACGCCGUGCUGUAGAGCAGAAGGGUUGAAGAAAGGAGUAUGGACUCAAGAAGAAGACCAAAAGCUUAUCGCCCAUGUUCAAAGACACGGUGAAGGAGGAUGGAGAACCCUUCCUGAUAAAGCUGGACUCAAAAGAUGUGGCAAAAGCUGCAGACUGAGAUGGGCGAAUUACCUAAGACCUGAUAUUAAGCGUGGAGAUUUUAGCCAAGAAGAGGAAGAUUCCAUGAUCAACCUCCAUGCAGUACAUGGCAACAAAUGGUCGGCCAUAGCUCGUAGGUUACCAGGAAGAACAGACAAUGAGAUCAAAAACCAUUGGAACACUCACAUCAAGAAGCGUCUGAUCAAGAAAGGUAUAGAUCCCGUCACCCACAAAUCCCUUCUCGAUAACCUAGAGGAGAAAAGCACCGUUCAUCAGGAAAAAGAUGAUCAAAAGUCAAAAGACAAUAAGUCAUCUAGAUCAUCAGCUCGGUUCUUGAACAAAGUAGCUAACAGAUUUGGUCAGAGAGUCAGCCAGAGUGUUCUAUCUGAUAUUAUUGGAAGUGGUGGCUCACUUACUAGUCAUGCUACUCCUAUUAUAAGUUCUUCUGAAUGCGAGAGGUCAACGAGUUCUUCGUCCACACCAACCUCUUCGGAUCUACUCACUAACCAAAGUAUAAAUGUUGAUGCAACAACACCUUUGUCCUCGUCCACGUGCUCUGACUCCUCAGAUCUCUUUUUGUAUGAUGAUAUCUUCGGUGACAUUGAAGAUACGACGAGACUGAUUUCAUCAAGAUUUUUGAGUAAUGUUGUAUCGCACGAUGGUGAAGAGUUCUUGAUGUUGGAUGGGUCUUGUUUGGAGAACACAUCGUUCAUGAGGGAACUUACAAUGAUUCUUCAAGAGGAUUAAAUGGAGACGAUGUUUAGUGACGCCGACCAGUGAAGUUGAUGACUCAUUUGAAGGGAUAGACAACUAUUUUGGAUGAGUAUAUAUAUAACUGUCGAGAAAUUAGUAUUCUUUAUGAAGAUGAUGAUGGUGAAAAAUGACAAGUAAAUUAAUUAGAGUUUAAUUU